GCUUCCGCUUCUCUUCCGGCCGCCGCCGCCGGCGCCAUGGCGAAGCUGCUGAGCUGCGUCCUGGGCCCGCGGCUCUACCGCGUCCAUCGGCCCCGCGGUGCCGGGCCGGGGGCGGCGGCGGCGGCGGGGCCGGGCGGGGCCGGGGGCGCCCGGGAGGAGCCGGCCUGGGACUCGUACUACCAACCGCGGGGGCUGGAGAAGCACACGGACAGUGUCCUGGCGCUGGCCUCGGUGCUUUGGUCCAUCUCGUACUACGUCUCGCCCUUGGCCGUCUUCUACCUGUACCGCAAAGGGCUGCUGACGAUGUCGCGGGUGGUGCCGCUCUCCCACUGCGCCGCCACCGUGGUGCUGCUGCUGGCGGGGGUGGCGUGUCUGCGAGGGAUCGGCCGCUGGAGCAACCCCCAGUAUGUGGAGUUCAUCACGGUGCUGGAGGACAGUCACCGCCUGGGCACCCCCGAGGUCAAGCGCAAACUGGCCCACUACACCUUCGACUUCCGCAGCUGGCCCGUCGACUUCCGCUGGGACAGCGCUGGGGAGCCCUGGGGGGGCUCCCGGAACGUGCCCCUGCUCCGCAUCCCCCCCCGGCACCGAGGGGCCGCCCGGGGCCUCCUGGGGGCCCUGAAGAAGCUGCCGUGUCAGCUGGCCAGCCUGGUGCUGGCGCACACGCUGGGCCGGCGGAUGCUGUUCCCGGGCUCGGUGCGGCUGCUGCAGAAGGCGCUGCUGCCCGUCCUGCUGCAGGGGCAGGCGCGGCUGGUGGAGGAGUGCGGCGGCCGGCGCGCGAAGCUGCUGGCCUGCGACGGCAACGAGAUCGACACCAUGUUCGUCGACCGGCGCGACGGGCCCGACCCCCGCGGGGAGACCCUGGUCAUCUGCUGUGAGGGAAACGCUGGCUUCUACGAGGUCGGCUGCCUCUCGACCCCCAUGGACGCCGGUUACUCCGUCCUGGGCUGGAACCACCCCGGCUUCGCCGGCAGCACGGGGGUGCCGCUGCCGCAGAGCGAGGCCAACGCCAUGGACGUGGUGAUGCGCUACGCGCUGCAGCGCCUGCGCUUCCCCCCCCGCCGCGUCGCGCUCUACGCCUGGUCCAUCGGCGGCUUCGCCGCCACCUGGGCCGCCAUGUCCUACCCCGACGUCGGGGCGCUGGUGCUCGACGCCUCCUUCGACGACCUCGUGCCCUUGGCCCUGAAGGUGCUGCCCCGCAGCUGGCGGGACCUCGUGACGCGGACGGUGCGGGAGCACCUGAACCUCAACAACGCGGAGCAGCUCUGCAGGUACCAGGGGCCGGUGCUGCUGGUAAGGAGGAUGAGGGACGAGAUCAUCACCACCACGGUCCCCGAUGACGUCGCCUCCAACCGGGGCAACGACCUGCUGCUGAAGCUGCUGCAGCACCGGUACCCCAAGAUCAUGGCGGACGAGGGGGUCGCCAUCGUGCGGGAGUGGUUGGAGGCCCCCACCCCCGCCGAGCAGCGGGGCGUGUCCCAGCGCUGCCCCGUGGACGAGGGCUGGUGCCGGUCGGUGCUCGUGGCCUUCGCCGGGGACCGAGACCCGCCCUUCCCCUGGGGCCUGGGGGAGGAGCUGGCGGCCGACGAGCGGCGGCAAUUGGCCCUUUUCCUGGCCCAGAAGCACCUGCAGAACUUCGACGCCACCCACUGCACGCCCCUCCCCCCCCAGGCCUUCCGCCUCCCCUGGGCCCUGUGACCCCGCCCCGCCCCUCCCCCCGCACGCGCCCCUCCCCCGCCCCUCCCCCGCCCCGGCGCCACCAGUAAACGUGGGGUUUUUUAAAAAAAA